AGAAAUAAUAAGUCGUCUGUGGUAAGAGGGAGGGGGAGGGGUGUCUCUAAAUAAAUCUAUGUGAAUCGUGUUUAAAAAUGCAAGCGUUUUAAAAUGAGAAGGCUUGGCAUAGGAAAUGAAACAAAUGAGGAAAAGUCGCUGCCGGAACGCUUUGGAUUCCCAUGAUGCACCGCUUAGGCACGGACGGCAGUUUCAAUGUUAAGUCAGCGGAGUUGACCAUUUUGUGUAUCUACAGAUCUUUGCCAGCGGUAAAAAUGGAGAGCGACACAGCAGUCAGGAGAAACAGAGGGUAUAGGGCUGCGAAUAACCCGUCGGACCGAGACGAGAACAGCGGGGCCAAGAGCUUGGAUUCUGAACAAAAGACCGACAGCAGCGGCUCAGAUGAGAUCAAAAAGAAACCCGUUAGUCUGUCUUUGCUGGAGGAGAGCAAUGGGGCUGUCUUGCUUGGUUUUUUCCUACUUGCAUUAUGGGGACUAGUCCAUUUAUCACUGCGGCAGCUGGUCGUCGGAGCCUCGACCGGUGAAUUUAAUGCAGUCAGGGCUAGGAAGCAUCUUGAACACAUCACAGCAGUUGGCCCCAGAACCGUGGGAAGUCCAGAAAAUGAAAUUUUGACUGUUAACUACCUUCUGGAGGAAAUUGAGAAAAUUAAAGCAGGAAGCAACAAAGCUCACACUAUUUCAGUGGAUGUCCAAAAACCUACAGGAUCUUUUACUAUUGACUUUCUAGGGGGUUUCACCAGUUACUAUGAUAGAGUCUCCAAUGUUGUUGUCAAGCUGGAGCCAAAGAGAGGGGCCAAACACGCCAUGCUUGCCAACUGUCACUUUGACUCUGUGGCAAACAGCCCAGGUGCCAGUGACGAUGCUGUCAGCUGCUCUGUCUUGCUGGAAGCACUUCAUUCGAUGUCCAAUUUAUCAACUCCACUACAACAUGCUGUUAUAUUCCUUUUUAAUGGAGCAGAAGAGAAUAUCUUGCAGGCGAGUCACGGUUUUAUCACACAGCACCCCUGGGCAAAGCUAGUUCGUGCGUUCAUCAACCUGGAAGCCGCUGGAGUGGGAGGGAAGGAGAUUGUUUUCCAAACAGGUCCUGAAAACCCAUGGCUAGUGCAGGCGUAUGUCAGCGCAGUGAAGCACCCAUUCGCGUCUGUGGUUGGCCAAGAGGUGUUUCAGAGUGGUAUCAUCCCGUCAGACACUGACUUUCGCAUUUACAGGGACUUUGGCAAUAUUCCAGGUAUAGACUUGGCUUUCAUUGAAAACGGCUACCUUUACCACACCAAGUAUGACACGGCGGACAGGAUUUUAACAGACACCAUACAAAGAGCAGGUGACAAUAUUCUGGCUGUUCUAAAGCUUCUCGCCUCGUCAGAGGAGCUGGCAGACUCAUCAGAGUAUCGGCAUGGCAACAUGGUGUUCUUUGAUGUGCUCGGAGUGUUUAUGGUGGCCUAUCCAGCCCGGGUCGGUACCAUUAUCAAUUAUAUGGUCACUGUUGCUGCUUUCAUCUAUCUGGGAAAGAAAUGUUCCCUUCCUAACAAUGUUGGCGUCGUGUACAUGAGAAGCCUGGUGUAUGCCAUUGGUGUCACACUGAUGAGCUGGUUCAUCACCUUAGUGUCCGUCCUCAUUAUAGCUGUGUUAAUUUCUCUCACUGGACAGUCCAUGUUCUGGUACACCCAUUACUACGUGUCAGUCUGCCUCUAUGGAACUGCAGGCAUAGCAAUGCUAAUGCUCAUUCAUACAUUAGCAAAGAAGCACUAUUAUGGAAACAUGAACCAGCUCCAGGUGGGAGAGAUCUACUUUGACGCCACACUGACGCUGUGGUGCUGUGCACUGGUCUACCUCACCCAGCAAGGGCUCUGCUCGGCCUAUGUCCCCAUGAUCACAGUGGUCUUCCCUCUGAUCACAAAGCUGCUGCUCCGCCAGGAAAUCAAGCAAAGAGGAGCCACAGUCAAGUACACUGCCCUGUACCUGCUGGGGCUGUCUCUACCCUACGUACACUUCAUGUUUCUCAUGUGGGUGGUGUUUGAGAUCUUCACUCCAAUUCUUGGGCGCAGUGGCACGGAGAUUCCUCCAGAUGUGGUUCUGGCUUCCAUUACUGCAGGAUGCGUCAUUAUUCUGUCCUCCUACUUUAUACACUUAAUUUACCUUUCCAAAAGCACGAAGCGGACACUAGUGGUGCUGGCUUCCAUUUUUGGUGUGGUGGCAGUGCUGGUUUCCUGUGGCAUGUUCUUCCCCUACAGCUGCGAUUCAGCUAGCCCACGGCCCAAACGCAUCGUCCUGCAGCAUACCACCAGGACCUUCCAUGACCUCAGUGGAGAAGUCGUCAAGAAGGACUCUGGGAUCUGGAUCAAUGGGUUUGACUACACAGGAAUGAAAUAUGUGACUCCACACAUCCCUGAAAUAAAUGACACCAUUCGAGCCCCAUGUGACAAACAGGUUCCCUUCUGUGGCUUCCCCUGGUUCCUGCCUGUUGAGUUUCUUGUUAAGAAGAAUUGGUACCUGCCUGCCCCAGAGGUGUUUCCAAAGACCCCUAUUGAGUUUGCACUGCUGUCAAAGCAACAAACAGACUGGGGGACCACCAAGCUAUCAUUUGAAGUCAAAGGACCCAGCCACAUGUCCCUGUAUCUUCUGCCCCGCCAUGGAGCAGCACUCACCAGCUGGUCCUUCGGUGAUGGCACUCCGCAGUUUGACCUCGGUGGGGAGUAUUUCAUUUUCUACUCCCAUGGGCUGGACGCCCCAGCCUGGCACUUCUGGUUCGAAGUGCAGGCCCCUAAGUCCAACUCAGGGGAGGAGAUGAUCUCUAUUGGCAUUGCGUCUCACUACUUCUUUGGGGAGGAUCAGAAGACUCCUCAGCUGAUGGAGCUACUCCACAGGUUUCCUGACUGGUCCUUCCCUUCCCACUGGGUCAGCACUUACAACCUCUACCAAUACUAGAGUCAACACCACACCUACCGACUCAGACAGACUGCUAAAGCUUGAACGGGAAAUGCAACAAUUCCACAGUUUGAUUAUUUUGUUUUUAUUUAAUUAACCCCCAAACAUACUUAUUUACUAAAGACUGUAAAACGCUGUACUAAAACAGUUAUGGGUUAGUGUUAGGGUUUUUUUUUCUCUCUAUCCCCCAUUUUUCUUUUAUACCAUGGUUCAGAGGAUUAGAGAUGGAUGUGAAGCCAUUCUUGCCUUUUGACAGCUGCUAUGAUCUCAAAUAGCAAAAUCAGCCUUUUUUUGGGAGACUACGUGUAAUGAGAUCUGGCAGUCUCAAUCCAGUUCCAGAUGAAGAGGCUGCAUACAGUAAACUGAUUGAGUUGUUAGCAGCUGCAGGGAGGCUAUUUAAUGAGCAUAGAGCCUGUACUAUUGUGAGGCACAUAGACAGUGUCAUACCUGUGGAUAAAAAGGGACUUCAGUCGCUAGAGCUUUCCGUACAUAAACUUUGCAAAGCACUGAAUGCUGUUAGCUUAGAUACGUUGUGUUCAUACAAGACAAAGAACAGCAUUUUUCCAGUGCUGAUAUAGUUUGAAGUUUGAAACAAGUAAAAAACAUAAUUUUAUGCAAAAUUAGACUUUUGCUCAGUCACCAUUUAAAACAGUUUUGUUCAUGUUUGUGUCUUUGACAAGUGUAGUUCAGGGGACUCUACUGUCUUAUUCAUUUGGACACGUGGCCAUGGAAACGGUCUAUACCUAAAAUUCUUGUUUUAAAAAAAGAUAAAUGCUUUUAUUUUUUUAUUUUGUAAAUUUGUGAAAGUAAAGGAGCAUGGUACAGGAAACAUUGUAGUUUAAUGGUUACUGUUUUGGGAGGGCUGUGUUAUGCUAUUGGACUGGGACACUAAUAAAACACAUUUUUAUUGUCAGACUUUUUGACAUGUUGAACAUCUGGAAAACCUUGCAGUAUGUCUGUUGGAGACUUGAGCCUGAAAACAGUUCCUGUUUCACAUACAGGCCUGGUGUUAAGAUUUCUUCAGUGCAAAAUGUUUGCUUAUAGUGCAAUGUUAAUACAUCUUAGCUGCCAAACUGUAUGGAGCGAAUUCACAAAACACUUUACUGCAAAGUGCCAUUAGCACCAAGAGAAACACUGUUGGUUAGAAAAAAAAAAAUUAAGAAUACCUCCGACUCCUUGGAUUGCAUUUUUUGGUUGUUUUUGUCAAGUUUUAUAUAUUUUAUGGUGGUUUUCUAGUUUUUAAAAAGUUGCACAAAUAACACUUUGGAGUAUGGCUUUUGAGUUUCCCCCCAUAGUCUUGAAUAAUGACAUGAGUUCAGCUUCUGGUUCUGGUGAAAAACCACAAAAGACGGGAGCAAGUCUAGAGUAAAAUCAUGAUAUAUUUUAAUUAUUUUGACCCCAACACUUAAAAUAAUAAGAUAUAUUGCCGAUAUUUUGGCUGGGAGGAAACUGGGGAAUUAUAAUGUGCUGUUGGUGCUCUAAAGCCAAAUAUAGCCUGCUAGGAUGUGGUUAGAGAGCUGUUUCCAUAUCUAUAGAAAAUUGAUUACUGCCCACAAAUAAGUUUAAUAUUCUAAAUCAGCUUUUAGUCCAACUAGUUCUUGUGGGUACACUACCAUAUAUUUAAUGCCAUUGCUGGUGAUAACAGAAAAGCUUUAAAAUGCAUAUCACAUUAGUUUCCCUCCAGUAUUUGUAUUCCAGGAAUGAAUUAACCUGCAUAGACUCUGUUUAAGUAGUAAGAGAGGCAAAGCUGACUAAUUCUAAGUCCUAAAAACUAAGCUGUGAACAAAAAGCUGUCUGAUUUUAUUGUGUUUUUACUAAUUUAAAUGUAGUCACUGUGGUUUUAUUAAAUCAAAGAAUGAGGGAAUGUCUUAUUGGUCCAUGGCUAAAAUUAAACUCCUACAUGGAUUCUUAAGAUGAUGAUUAAACAAGACAAGCCGACAAAAAAAUAAAUAGGCAGGUUAGACUAAACAUAAAAGGAUAAGUUAAUGUACUAAAAAGGUGGAAAAGAAUGUUCAAUGGAUAUCAACUAGCCAAUACUAGCUUUUAUAUAGUUCCUAACCAACACUUUUUGAAAAUGUGGUGAUUGUUGAUGUCAAUUCUAUAAAAAGAGAUCAGUGUAGGUAGCAUGAGUGUUUUAACAUGGUGACUGAACUGAGUCUGAUCAAAACGACAGCUCCUGUAGACCUGGAUAUGGAGCCCUUUUCACACUGGCAUGCUUUACCUGGGUUGGAACCUACCCGGGUCAGGACCUGGUGUCAUGCGGGUUGGGUACGUGAGUUCACACUGCUUUUGAUAAAGCAGGGUCGACCUGGGUGACAGACAAAUGUACACAAUAUGCGUAUCAAUGCCCCGGAAGCAGCUUGUUACUGACGCUUACAUCCAAGCGUCUUUGCAUUGAGCAAAUGUUGAUUAGAGCAAAUGUUUCUUCAUCCCUGCUGCAAUCUGGCUCAUUGUGUGUCUCACAAAUAUGGCUAAACAGAGACAUUCAUUGCGGAAGUGAAACCUUCACGCAGGUGUGGCUGUUUGUUAUUUCGUCGGCUUAUGAACGGCUUAUUUAAAACUGCUAAUCUUAUUUAAAAAUUUGACACUGUGAGCCAUUUUACAUUUCUCAGGAUAACUUAUUUUAAGUGUCUUGUUUUAGAUUUAGCUUUUUUGCAAAUCAAUGUGUUUGUUGCUUUUUUUUAUUAUAAAAUUAUCAUUUAUUUUUCUUCCUUUAAGAUUUUGAAUUUGUGUAUGGUAAUUCAUAGUAAACAAUGUAAAAAUGUUUGUUGUAAAUCUACUGACAAAAGUAAUGGAUCUUGCUUCUAGCUGAUAGUCUUACUGCAAUGGGAAUCCAUUGUUCUGUGCAAAAGAAAUGCACCUACAACAUCAAGGGGCAAAUUUAAUGGACCUGAUUCACUAAGCAAGUUUACCCGGUUUUGUUUUACUAAAUGGCAAAAAAUAAAAGCUUUAUGUAACAACAUUUAAGUAAUGUUCUCAUUUAGCUUUGCAUGUGUAAGGUGGAAGAUAAUUUCCCUGGCUCGGUACAGGCGCAGUGUUGGCUACACAAGACCACACCUCAGUCCUAACCUGCACAGUUUCACAGUUUUACCCAAAAUGGCUUUUUCUUUUUCACUCCCCCCCCCCCCCCCCCUCCCCCCCCCACAAAAGCGCUGUUGCCCUUCCAAACACAGUCAUGUGAUCUCACGGGUGAGUUCAAAGAGAAAGGGACAGCUACAUCCAGAUUCAUUUGUCAUUCAUUUCCCUAUUGACAUCCAUUUUGAGGGUGUGGACUAAUUCCAAAUGAGUUAGGAGCUAGUUUAAUUUGUGAGAUUCAAAACCUGCUUUUCCACCAAGCACCACCUUAGGUAUUUCUUGCAAAGAAAACUUAGCACUAAGGGCAAAAAUGCUUAGUGAAUCUAUCACAACGUGCCUUCAUGUUCCAGAUACAUUGAAGAUUAAAAUAGAUCAACAAAAGGCUGAAUCUGCCAUAUAGAAAAUAACAACACUCGGGCCAGGUUUAGUUAAAGCUGGCUUGAUCACAAGUUGCCUUGAAAGCAUCUGAUAAGGGAAGACCCAACACUGUCAGAACUAGUCUAUACUACAUGAAUAGAUCCUUGUACUGGUAUAGGGGACUCUCGCAUAGUUCUCUACUAUAUACAAUUGUUUUGGGUUGCAGUGGAGAGGUUAACCAUAAAAUUAAAUGUAAAAGAAUUAAAGCAGCACAUAAUCAUUAAGUAAAGUGUAUAAAGUAGCACAUUUCUUUACUACAGAACUUGUCACUUUUUUGUUUCACUCUUUACAUUGUUACAUGGCUUUUUCCUUAAAGAUUGGAGAUGGCGUAAACAUGAUGCCAAUUGUGGCCCAAUGUAAACUUGCAUCACAGGGGAGGUGAAGAAUCAGGCUAAUAGCUGCUGCACUAUUCCCCAGUGGUGCUGUACCUCCGCUGCUAUGCAGAACCCUUUGCCUCUUAUAUGUUGGCAGAAUGAACCUUUUCCCACCACCAUUGGGUGGGGUUGCUGUCAAAGCAUCAGCCAGCCAGCCAGCCAGCCAGUCACUUUGCUCAAGGCCUUCUGUCCACUUUGCUGGGCACUGUGGGCUCUACCAUUUAGCAAAGUACAGUCCAGUGGGUAUCAAUUAAAAAAAAAAAAGAUGGAUUAAACGACUGCCUAGUCUGUGAAGUGAAUAAUUGCAGGGUUGUUAUAGCUCUAAAUUUGGAUUGCUUAUGCAUGCCAAAGCUAGUCUGCUACACGGUGUGUGUGUGUGUGUGUGUGUGUGUGUGUAUAUAUAUAUAUAUAUAUAUAUAUAUAUAUAUAUAUAUAUAUAUAUAUAUAUAAUAAUUAUACACACACACACACAAGGCAACGUUUCCAAAAGCAGGGGACAAUGUUUUUUAUUUAUACAGCAUUAAGAAGAAAAUUCUAAAUUUUGACUUGCACUCUUAGAGUAAAUAAUUUUGGUUACUGAAAAAAAAAAACAUGUAAAAAUGGCUGUUCAAAUAAAAGGAUGGUUUUGUAAAAAGA